GACAUCUUUUAUUAUUGAUUAAUGGAACUGAAUCACCUGAAGACUUUGUUAAGUUUAUUGUUUAAUCACAGUGUUUCAAUCGCAUCAUCACCGUUUAGGGUAAUUAUCUUAAAAUUUUAAUUUCCAUUUGUUUUUUACAUAUUGAUUUCGUGACUAAUCGUAGAGUUUGCGAACUUAAAUGUUAAGAAUACUUGAGCGAUAAUGUAGUAAUGUUAGUCUAUAAUUUUAGCUUUCAGUAUUACUGCUAAUAUUUGAAAUAGUUGGCGGUUAUAUAAAUAUGGAAGACAGUAAAUCGUCCACUUACACUCCAAUGGAAGAUGGAGGACCACCAUCAAGAUGUGGUAGAGAACCGGAAACAGGAUCUGAAAAAAAAAGAGACUCUUCAAACGUCUGCUCGUCAAAACAAACUUAUAAUUCAAGAGAAUUAAACGAAGGAGAAAUAUCAGCAAAAAAAGCUAAAACAGAAACAUCGAAUGCUGAAAAAAUUUUAGCAAAAGACUACGGCUAUUAUUUUAACGACAAUGGUGAAUUAGUUCAUAAUGAUACAAAAGAUAAGUUCGUUUAUGAAUUCUAUGAUCAAAAAUCUAAAAAUCAAGAAAGAUACGAAAAUAUUGGUGACCUAAUAACAGAGAUUAUUUAUGAAAAACUAGAAUCCGAGUUCAAAUUAAAAAAAUAUAAUAUGAAGGGUAGACCAUUUCAAAAUUCAGACGACAAAGAUGGAUUCGUAUUUGCUACAGAUGAUUUCAAUCAAAAAGAUAAGAUUUUACUUCUUAUACAUGGUUCAGGAGUUGUUAGAGCCGGCCAAUGGGCAAGACGAUUAAUUAUAAAUGAAAGCUUAAAAACUGGAACUCAGUUUGAAUAUAUUAAGAGAGGUAUAGAGGAAAACUUUGGCGUUAUAGUACUUAAUACGAAUCAUAACAAGAAUAAACAUGGUGAAAAAUUCGACUUGUCGGAAACUCCGGAAAGGCAUGGUGAAAAUGUUUGGAAAUACUUUGUGGAGGAUUUGAAAAAUACUCAAGUAGCAAUAGUGGCUCAUAGUUAUGGAGGAGUUGUAACUAGCGCAAUAAUGAAAAAAUAUAAACAAUCUUGCGAAGAAAAGGUGUUUGCUGUUGCUUUCACGGAUGCCAUAGAUUAUGGAACUCCUAAGUUUCUUAAACAUAAAGUUAAAAAUUGGGUUACUUCCAAAGAAAAACUAGGAUCGAAAUUAACUGAGAGAAACUCGGAAAUUGUUGAAAUGUUUUCUGCCGGUACAACGGCACAUGAGGAAACAUCAGCUUCGGCUUUUGAGGAAGUUUUUAAUUUUAUAUUACAUUCACUGGCCAAUAACGGAAAGUGA